UGUACAUGGAGUUCAGUUUCCAUUUUUUUAAUGUUUUUUUUUAUUAAUAGACCGUUUAUAUUUGACCGGUCUCACCGUGACCGGCUGAUUAAUGUUUUCGUCUUCAUAAACCCAAAGCUGAUCUUACUUUUUGUUUCUCCAAAAUAAAACCUAAGCCUCAAAACGAAAACCCUCAAAAUUCUCUGGAGAUCAAUGGCGGAAGCAUUGUCUAGGCUAAAGAAAUGUUUGAGAAGCGGGACAGAGGAGGUGAAGGGUAAAAUGCUGUUACGGUUGGUGCACAGACAGCAAAAUGGUCAAAUAUGUAGUGAAUUCGAGAUUUUGGAUCUGGAUAGUGGUGAUUUGUGUAAAACCCCUUUUACACUUUUUGGGAUUGGUGGAAUUUGUUCAAUAUUGGCUGUGGAAUCAAUCAUCUACCUUAUUGUCGUGCCUUUAUACGACAGUGAGGAUACCAGUGGCGUUGACAUUAACGACGCGCUUUAUGUUCACGAGGGCAUGUUCUCUUUAGAUUUGAGCAAACCUGAGAUUGGUUGGAAGACAACCCCAUUUAUCAUUGAGAAUGCCGAGGAUCUGCCCAAGUGCGUUUCGUGUUGUGGCAAGAUAUACGUCUUUAGAAGUUCUCUUUGGUCUUGUUUCGGUGAGGUUUUCGAUCCCCAAGUUAACCGCUGGAACUCGUUGAUGGAUCCACCUCCUGUUCAUGGCAACUUCGAGGUAGCUUAUCCCGUAAUUUCUGAUCCUUUGCGUGGUCGUGUCCUUCUUCAUCUCUUCACAAGGAGAUGCAAAUAUGACCGCCCUUCCGCCUCCCACUCCCCUCCUCUGUCCUGUAUCUAUGCUUAUUAUCCUAACAGCAGUAGCCGUGGCAAUGAUGGUGGCGGUGGCAAUGAAGGUGGCCGUUGGGAGUGCCUUGAUGACAAUUUCAAUGGAAAAUGGCAAGCCCCUAUGGUUUUUGUGGAUGGGAUAAUUUAUUUUUACUUCGAAGACUUUAAAAAAAUGUUUAAAGCCUAUGAUCUAAGUAGCAAACAAUGGUUGAAGGUUGUCUUGCCAUCUGACUCAGACUUUGCAUAUGCUUCCAAGGCUGAAUUCGAUGAUUUACAUGAUUUGGGAGAUGGGGUGUUGUGUUUGACUACUUCCUGGUAUAAAUCUCAGAAAUUUGAUCCUUGUACAACUAAGGAUCACACCUUGGUUUAUGCUUUCAAAUUCAAAGUGGAGCCCAGAAGAAGCCACCAUCAGGUGCUACUUACUUCGCUUUCUUCCAUAUUCUCUCCGCUUCAAACCGUCAGCAGUAUCCGUAAUUACCUCGCUAUCUAGCAGGGGUAUCAUAGAUAGAUCUUGCAGCCUUGCAGGUUUUGGAGAUUCCUUGUAUUGCAUACGGGGGGAAUGAGUGAGAACCUUGAAGCGUACAAUGUUAUAUCUAUUUUUGACGCUACAUGUGAUUUCUUUGCAUUUAAAUUGUUUAUGUUUUUAGCUUGAGGCACAUGCCCUCUUUUUUUAUGUAAUUUGUUCCGCUGCAAAGGUUUAUUUUGUACGACCUUUUUAUAUUUUGUUAUUUUAGCUUGAAUGGCUUGUAAAGUUUGGUUAUGUUUUUUUUGAAAUCCCAAGUGUUUACAUGGAACCACUAUCCAUGCUUAGCAUGUCAACAGAGGAUUCGGCGAUGAUCAUUCCGCCGUGAGUUUUGUUACAAGGCUAUUGAUGCCUCUUCUUUAUUAUGUUUUAUUGCUUGUUUUUUUUUGGUGCGCC